AUGCGGGCGCGGCAGGCGGGAUCUGUGAUUGGUCAGGGCAGGUGUGACGCCUGCUCCUGCUAUAAAAGUGGGGUGGCUGGACACUGCGCCAGAGUCUUCGCGGAGAGUUGCCGUGGUUUCCUGCUUCAACAGUGCUUGAACGGAACCCGGCGCUCGACCCCCCCCAUCCCAGCCAGCUGUCCAGAUCCAUCCUUCUGCCACCUCCUCAAAGCGCCCUCGGACCAUCCCAAGGUCCCCACCACCGCUCCAGCACCGCGAAGCCGCCUGUCCUUAGCCGCCAUCAUGACCACAUCCGUCUCGCAGGUGCGCCAGAACUACCACCAGGACUCGGAGGCCGCCAUCAACCGCCAGAUCAACCUGGAGCUCUACGCUUCCUACGUCUACCUGUCCAUGUCUUACUACUUUGACCGUGAUGAUGUGGCUUUGAAGAACUUUGCUAAGUAUUUUCUUCACCAAUCUCAUGAGGAGAGGGAACAUGCUGAGAAACUGAUGAAGCUGCAGAACCAACGCGGGGGCCGGAUCUUCCUCCAGGACAUCAAGAAACCGGAACGCGAUGACUGGGAGAAUGGGCUCAAUGCAAUGGAGUGUGCACUGCACUUGGAAAAAAGUGUGAAUCAGUCCCUACUGGACUUGCACAAACUGGCCACUGAAAAAAAUGAUCCUCAUCUGUGUGACUUCAUCGAGACUCACUACCUGGAUGAGCAGGUGAAAUCCAUCAAAGAGCUGGGUGACCAUGUGACCAACUUGCGCAGGUUGGGGGCCCCUGGAUCUGGCAUGGGAGAGUAUCUCUUUGACAAGCACACUCUGGGAGAGAGUGCAGACAGCUAAGCCUCAGGCUGCCUUCCCACUGCCACGGGAGUGACUUCCCUGGUCACCAAAGCAGUGUGUGCAUGUUGGAGUCACCUUUACCUUUUCUAUAACUUCUACCAAUCAUCCACUUACGUCCUUCAUUUGUACCGUUCCUUCAAAUAAAGUAAUUUGGUACCCA